ACAAUGAAAAAAAGUAUGAAGAAUGAAUUAAAAAUUGAAGGUGAGUCAUAUAAAACUCAGCAGACAGCAAUACACAAGAGGAAGAAGAGGAGGCCCAGCAGAGUGCACUCAGUGCAGAGCCCCGCCAUCUUGCUCAUAGGAAUGUUGUCCCGUUUGGCUGCUCGAACUGUGCAGGAGGUGCGGCCUCUGGUGCUGGUACGGCCCACCAGCACCUCGGCCGUGCAGAGAGCUGAGCAGAGGGAUGAGGCCAACUUCCCACGCCCAGUGCGGCCUGUGGAGCCUGGCAAGGUGCGCCUCGGCUUCGUCCCUGAGGAGUGGUUCCAGUUCCUCUACCCCAAGACUGGUGUCACAGGUCCCUAUGUGCUGGGUCUGGGCCUCACCACCUUCCUGUGCUCCAAAGAGAUCUACGUGAUGGAGCAUGAGUACUACACCGGCAUCUCCAUCCUCCUCAUGGUGGUCUAUGCCGUCAAAAAGUUCGGACCUGUCAUCGGCCAGACUCUGGAUAAGAAGAUUGAGGAUAUUGAGCAAAGCUGGCGGGACUACAGGGAAGGCAGCAUCAUACAAGUCAAGGAAAGUAUGGAAAAGGAGAAGGAAGCCCAGCUCUCCGCCAAGGGGCAGGAUAUGCUCUUUGAUGCCAAGCGAGAGAAUGUGGCCCUGCAGCUGGAGGCUGCCUACCGAGAGAGGCUGGCCAGGGUGCACUCUGAGGUGAAGAAGCGGCUGGACUACCAGCUGGAGGUGGCCAACGUGAAGACUCGGCUGCAGCAGAAGCACAUGGUGGACUGGAUUGUGAAGAAUGUGAAGGGCUCCAUCACCCCAGCACAGGAGGCCGCCACCCUGAAGCAGUGCAUGGCUGACCUCAAGGCUCUUGCUCCCAAGGCAUAGAGAGAACCAAGUUGGCCUCCUGACAGGCCCAAACCUUCCUGGUGGUGAUGUGGAAGCUGUGUGAGGUGGAUGGAGUGGCCAGCUGUACUCCACCACCCUUGCAUGCUCAUUAUUCUGACAUCCUCCACAUCUUAUCCAGUUUUCUCCUUGUACAUUCAUGCUGGCAGUAAUGUAAUCAGUGGCAAGACAUCUGGUGUAUAGAAAUUAUUUUGUAAUGGAAUCAUAACAGUAGAAUAUUCUGUUAUUUAUCUUAUCUAUAACCAGGCUAACGAAGAGACUGUUCUGUAUAUAUAAAAGAAGAAAAGAUAAAGUUU